AUGACGACCGCCCUCGCACAGCGUGCGCUGCCGUUUGCCAAGCCGGCGGUGCUUUUGAUCUGCGAUAUGCAGGAAAAGUUUCGCCCGGCGAUUUACCACUUUGACCAUGUCCUGAGCACGGCUGACAAGCUCGUCAAGGCCGCACAGAUUCUCGAGAUCCCGACGCUGGCUACAGAGCAGUACCCCAAGGGCCUCGGGCCCACCGUCCCCGAGCUCGCCUCGGAAAUCCGGGGGGUCAAGGAGCACGCGAUCCGCGACAAGAGCACGUUUAGCAUGGCCGCGAACGGGCUUGUGCUGGACAUGCUCAAGAGUGCUUCCGGUAAGUCGCUGCAGUACACCGAUGUCGAGUUCAUCCUGUGCGGCAUCGAAUCGCACGUGUGCGUCCUCCAGACCGCACUGGACUUGACGCACGCCGGUGCACGCGUCCACGUUGUGCGUGACGGCAUCAGCUCAUGCAACCGCAACGAGGUGCCGAUCGCGGUCGAUACGAUGCGCGCCGCCGGGGCUACGGUGUCCACGUCCGAGUCGCUCCUCUUCCAGCUCCUCGCCAUCUCGGGCCUCAUCCGCGACACGAAAGUGCGCACGGCCCACGCCGUCGAGACGCUCUGCUCGUAG